GAACCGUCGUGCGCGAUAGUUGUGUCGCGCCGUUUGUCGUAUCGUGCGCUUGAUUAUGUGCGUGUUUCUGUGACAUGUGCUCUGUUGAUUGAGUGACGCCCUGGAGGGCUGAUUUGUGCUUAUUGUAUUCGGAAUUCUUUUAUUUGGUUACGGCAUGCUGAAGCACGUAGCGGUCUCACCGCACCGCGCGCGCGCAGACUCCGUCAGCCUCUCGUCUUCCGCAUCCUGCUGCAGCCUCGGCAGCCUUGAUCAUCGCCACGACUCCGUUGGGGACUUGUCUAAUCGCACGACCACAAUCAAAGUCUACGCGCGUUGUCUUCGCCCAGAUAUCGAAUACAAAACCCUCUCCGUCACCUGGGGCACCACAGCCAAGGAAGUGGUCUCCACGCUGCUGGGCAAGUUCCGCAUGAGGCACAGAGACCCUCGGCUGUUUUAUCUCAGCAUGGAAGUCAGGGUACGAGCUGCUGGUCUUCGAACCACCCUGGUGCUGGAUGAUGAUGCAAGACCGGCAGCGCUACAGGCCUGUCAUCCUAAAGGAUACUCCAAAUUUUCUCUUCAAAUGCGUCCUGGUGGCUUGGUGAAGAUCUACGACUCCGCUCUCAUGUCCUCAUCACAGUAUAAGUGCCUCCUUACAAGUGAGAGGACCACUGCUGACGAGCUCCUGGCUAUCCUCUUACAUUGCUAUGACUCAACGGAAGGCGUUGAGAGGUUCUCGUUGUAUGAGGUUUGCCCAGCACAAGAGUACGAAAGGAAACUUCACCCAGACGAUCUUCCACUUCUGGUCCAACGCGCGUGGCCCACAGACAGUGACUGCCACUUCAGGGUUCGAAGGAAUCCUCGAGCGCCCCCAUUGCCCCCACGGACUAUCCCCCUCCCAGAACCAGAAGAAGAACCUUCUAGGGCAUUAUCAGCUCUAUCCCUUGAGUCGGAUAGCGAUAACCGAAGGUACAGCCCAGUAUACAAGUUCCCAAGUAUAAGUUAUUGCAGGGAAACAAAAAAUGAUUAUUUGUAUAUAUGACCACGCGACAUAUAUAUGUACAUAUGGAAAGAACCAAAGAUGGAUGUUGUAUGAUAUUCAUAGUGUUAUUUGUAAAAAAUAAAUCAGUUAUUUUAGUUAAAGUACU